UCCACAAUCAUAGAUUUUGUGCGUGAGGAAAGGAAGUCUUGGACGCCUGGAUCCAGUCCACGUCAGGCGGUCGUUCCCUGCAAGUCAUGAAGAAAUACUGUCUCCUUCUGCUGGUGGCAUUUGUUGCCGCAGAACAACAACGAUACGAUGGGUACGAAGUGCUUCGUUUCUACCCGGAAACCCACGAAGACUUGGCUUUCCUGGCCGAACUGCGAAAGGACAAUCGACUGGAUUUCUGGACGGAAAUCCGUCGACCGACAACAGAUGUCAUGGUUCCACCGAGCAUGAUGAACGAAUUGCAACGUCUCCUCUCUUCGCACCCGAUCGCCCACGACACCAUGAUCCCCGACGUUCAAAAGCUCGUGGAUCUCCAGAGAGCGGGUAUGCCGGAGGACGGAAGCCCCCGAGCCAUGUCAUGGGAUUCCUACCAUCGAUUGAGUGACAUUCAUGAUUAUCUGGACGAGCUUGCUGUUACCUAUCCCGAUCUCGUCACCGUCUUCAGCAUCGGAGAGAGUUUCGAAGGGAGGGAUCUGAAAAUGAUCAAGAUAUCCAGCGGGGUGGCGACUCAGAAGAUCUGGAUCGAUGCAGGAAUCCACGCGCGAGAGUGGAUUUCUCCAGCCACGGCCACUUACAUCAUCCGCGAGCUGGUGGAGAACUACGAUGCAAACAAGGAUAUCGUCGAUACUUUCGAUUGGUACAUCUUCCCGUCCCACAAUCCCGAUGGAUACGAAUAUACGCACACUAACGUGAGAAUGUGGAGAAAGACCCGAUCGGACUAUGGCGAUCCAAGUGGAUGCAUCGGGACGGAUCCCAAUAGGAACUUCGACUAUCACUGGAUGGACGCCCCAGGAGCAAGCGAUAACCCUUGUUCGGACAUCUUCGCCGGCCCGGAACCAUUCUCUGAAUCCGAAACGGCAGCAGUCGAAACGUUCCUGAUUCCAGAGAAUGCAGAUGGGUCAUUCAAGGCUUUCCUCACCAUUCAUUCCUAUGCACAAAUGUGGCUUUCACCUUGGAGCUGGACAUUGGAACUCCCCGUCGACUACGACGACCUCGUCUGUUUCACUUGA